UGUGAUCUACUAGCCCAUUUAAAUAAUCCACCACUAGGGAGCCCAGAACUAAUCUCCAGUCAAGAUCCAGGGACCCGAAAGCCAUCCUCUUCCUUAACGAACUUUGAAGCUCGCUUCCAGACAGAGCCACACUUUGAGAAAAAUAGCAAUUUACAGAAAAGGAAAAAUAGCACAAAAUUAGCAGUUGGAAAAGAUGCCGAUGAUGGAAAAGCUGAGAAUGCUUGUAGCGCAAGAGCCUGUAGUCGCCGCUUCUUGCCUCAUCGCCGGCGUUGGUCGCAUAAUUUUGCCCUAAUUUCGAGUGAGGUGAAUGAAGAAGGGAAAUUUCGGAAGCUUCUGGCGGAAGCAUUUUGUGUGCCCAAAAGCCGACUGUUCCUUCCCGCUGUAGUAAGGCCUAUACUGGAUUCAUUUGAAUCAUCAAAGCAAGUACCUCCACCAGCUUUAGGCGAUGUAGUCGCUGGCAUGACAGGGAAGAAACAGGGUUGAGACUUGGCAAAUUAGACAUUUUAUGCUCGGGAUUUUGAAAUAAAUAACCUGAAAUUUAGUACUGUACCUUGUUUGAAGGGUAUUGUUUGUAUGUGACAUUGAACAUGCAAGAUGCACUGUGUUUUUGCAUUUAGUUUGUUGGCCACUUAACUGUGUUUGUAGUUUUCUUAUUUCAAUAUGCCUUGAAAACUCAUGUGGGUUGAUUUAUUACUAUGUUGUUUUCGUUCUACUACGGAUUUCAAAAUGCUGUUUUGGUUAUUGAAAACUUAUGUGGG